AGUGGGGAGAAGGGGGGGGGUCCCAGGGCUGCAGGGGAGGGGGCAUGGGGGACUCCCUACAGGCGGCCCACCCACAACCCCAAAGGGGGGAAGCAGAGGGUCCUCCCCUGCAGCUGCUCCUCCCGGGCCCCCUUUGCUACGCCCAAACCCAGGGAGGGACGAGAUAGAUCCCAGGAGGUUUGGACCUGUGGAAUCUCCGAAGCAGAGACUCAGCAGGGAACCAAGAGGAUCCUCGAGUCCAACCCUGUGCAAUGCAGGAAUCUUCACAAAAUGUUGUGCAUUAUAGAGAAAAAGCGAGGGGGGGGAGCGUGUAGAAAUGCCAUCAAUAAAGGGAGGGAGCUCAGUUCAUAAUCUUCAAAGGCAGCUCCACCUAGAACGCAACGCAGUCAGCACAGGAGACUUUCCUAGAAUUGUAGAGUUGGAAGGGAUCCUUACGGUCAUCUAGUCCAGCCCCGUAAAAUGUCAACUAAAGCAUCCAUGACAAUUUUAGAACCUUCAUGAAAGAGAGUCCACCAACCUCUGAGGGAAUCUGUUGCAUUGUAAAACAGCUCUUCCCCUCAGAUGUUUAGACAGAAGCUCUUUGAAUCCAUGGAGUCAAUUCCCCUUCUCCAGGUUCCUCUUUUCCCAUCUCCCUCAACCAUUCCUCAUAAGGCUUGGCUUCCAGAUCCUCAAACACCCUGGUUGCCCUCCUCUGCACACCUCCCAGCUUCCCAACAUCCUUCCACAAUUGUGGUCCCCAUAACUCCAGGAGGGGUCUGCCCAAGGCAGAAUAGAGUGGUGUUAUGGACUCCAGACUUUUGCGGAUGCAGCCUAGCAUCACAUUAGCCGUUUUUGCUGCUGUAUCACACUGUUGCCUCAGGUUCAGCUUGUGGUCUACUAAUAAUCCCACAUUCUCCAUCUUACAUUAUUGUGGCUGGUUCUUCCUCUGUAAGUGAAGAACCUUACAUUUGUCCCUCUGGAAAUUCCUGAGUGACAUCUGUACUUUCUCGAAGGUCCAUCUGCAGUUGGAAAGACAGUGCAUCACCUCUUGAGGGAAGCAUCAUGCACUCCUGGCUUCCCAUUUACCUUUGUCUCUUGCAGGUGAGAGAAAGUUGCCAGCAAGGCCUCUUCCUCCAUCUUUUCUUGGUGGCGGAGGAGAAGCAGAAGACUGUGGAACCAGCUCAGAGUUCACUGUCCUCUGAAGACUUCGCUGUUCGUUUCACGGGUGAGCAGUGGGCAUUGCUGGAUCCUGAAGAGAGAACGGAAGUCAUAGAGGAGAAUCGUGGGAUCAUGGCCUCUCUUGGUGGUGAUGAAUUGGAAAUGAAGAACAAGGGAGACCAUGAUGAAAUUCACACAGAGGAGAAACCAAAUGAAUAUUUGGAAUGUGGGAAGAGCUAUAGUCAGAUCUCCCAUUCAUCUUCCCAGCAAAGAAAUCCAACUGGAAAGAAGACCUAUAAGUGCUGGGAAUGUGGAAAGAACUUCAGUCGGAGGGGUCAUCUCAUUAUCCAUGAAAGAAUUCAUACAGGGGAGAAACCAUUUCAAUGUGUGGAAUGUGGAAAAAGCUUCAGUCAUAGGUCCAGCCUUACUUCCCAUCAACGAAUUCAUACAGGGGAGAAACCUUUUCCAUGCUUCGAAUGUGGAAAGAGCUUCACUCGGAGCGACUCUUUCAUUUCCCAUCAAAGAAUUCAUACAGGGGAAAAGCCUUUUCGGUGCUUGGAAUGCGGAAAGAGCUUCAGUGAGAAGUCCAAUCUCAUUUCCCAUCAAAGAAUUCAUACUAAAGAAAAAUCAUUUCACUGCUUGGAGUGCGGAAAGAGUUUCAAUGUAAGAGCCAGUCUCACUUUCCAUCAAAGAAAUCAUACAGGGGAGAAACCUUAUAAAUGUGUUGAAUGUGGAAAGAGAUUCACUCAGAAAAAAUGUCUCACUUCCCAUGAAAGAAUUCAUACAGGGGAGAAACCAUUUCAGUGCUCAGAAUGUGGGAAGAGAUUCACUUGGAGCAACUCUCUCACUUCCCAUCAAAGAAUUCAUACAGGGGAGAAACCAUUUCAGUGUGAGGAAUGUGGAAAAAGCUUCGGUAAGAAGGGUGAUCUCACUUCCCAUCAAAGAAUUCAUACGGGGGAGAAACCAUUUCAGUGUGAGGAAUGUGGCAAGCGCUUUGCUCGUAAGGAAUGUCUCACUUCCCAUGAAAGAACUCAUUCCUGGGAGAGCCCUUAUAAAUGCUUGGAAUGUGGAAGGAGUUUUAGCCAGGACUCUUAUCUCAUUUCUCAUCAAAUAAUUCAUACAGGAGCAAGACCAUAUAAAUGCUUGGAAUGUGGAAAGAAUUUUAGUCAGUAUUCCUAUCUCACUUCUCAUCAAAGAACUCAUAGCGGGGAGAAUCACAGUCUCCCAGAAUCAUUGAAUUGUUGCAUUGGACUGGAUGGUGAGAGUCAUCUUCUCCAACCCCCUGAAACGUAGGAUAUUCAACAAAAGCAUUCAUGACAGAUGGCUAUCCAACCUUUGCUUAAAAUCCUUCAAUUCAAGAAGAGGCCACCAGCACCUGAACUAGUUUGUUCCACAGUCAAACAGUUCUUACUGUCAGAAAGUUCUGCCUGAUGUAUACUCAGAAUCUCCUUUCUUCAAUUCAUUGGUUUUGGUCCUUCCACCAGAACAGGAAAAAAGCAAGCUUGCUCCCUCUUCCAUGGCACAGCUCUUUAGAUAUUGGCCCAAGGGCUAUCACAUCUCCCUCUCAAUCUUCUCUUCUCCAUGAUAAACAUCCCAAGGGUUUCCAGACCCUUGGUCACCUUGGUCUCCCUCCUCUGCACACAUUGCAGCUUAUCAGGGAUGAAUCUGGUUCAGAAUCUGGCACAAAAGGUUUGGCCCCAGAGACAUCAGAGCCAUUGUGGAGAUACAAAGGAAGCUGCUGGCAGAAGGAUGGAGGUAAUCCAAAAUGCAUCAUCCGUAAUGAAGUGCAUAAACUCUGUUACUGAGAGGAAGCUGAAACCUUUCCCGCCAUGUAUGCAACAUAACUUUCCUGCAUUUCAAGGGGUUUGACUAAAGGACCCUCUGUGCUCCUUCCAACUCUACAAUUCUAUGAUUCUAUUAUCCUGUCUUGAUGCAGCUUAGAAUAGCAUUGUUGUUGUUUAGUCGUUUAGUCGUGACCGACUCUUCGUGACCCCAUGGAAGAAUAGCAUUAGCCUUUCAUUGUUGGUGCUUCACACUGUUGACAUGAUAAGCUUGUGGUCUACUAAGAGCCCUCGGUCCUUUUUAUGUAUACAGUACUGCUGUCUAGCCAGUUGUCCCUCAUCUUAUAUUUGUGCAGCUGGUUGGGCCAGCCUAAAUGCACAUCCUGUCAUUUGUCCUUAUUGUAAUUCAUUUAUUGCAUUCAUAUACUACCCUUUCCUCGAAGAUGGUGUUACACGGUUCUUCCCCUCCUCAUCUAACGCUGACAAUAAUUAUUAUACCACAUUUUCCUCCAAGGUGGUGUUACAUGGUUCCCCACAUUUUCAUUUAAUGCUGACAAUAGCCCUGUGAAGUAGACUAGGAUUUGAAGCAGCGCCUGCCCUCCAAGGUCACCCAGUUAGCUUCAUGGCUGAGUGGUGAUUUGAACACAGGUCUCGCAGGUCAUAGUAUGGCAAAUUACCACUAUAUCACACUAGCUCCGUAAUGAAACUCUCAGAAAGUGUGCAUGCAUGUGCCUCUGCUUAACAUUAAGUGCAAUAUUCUGGUCUUGUAUGCACAUGUACCAAGGAUAGUAUAAUCCAUGACGAGGAUAGUAUAAUCAUAGAUUUAAGGUAAUGUUAGCUAGGGAGCGGAAGAGAGGUGAGUGUUGAUUGGCUGAGAGUUGGAAACGGGUUGGAGUAACUCAACAAUAUAUAGUUCUAAUUACAGGUGGGUAGCCGUACUACCAUCGGCUCAUCGGCUACCCAUCAACAAUAUAUGUGAUUGUAAAUUGUUUUAGCAAGGGAGUUAUUGGUUUGCUUUGUUCUUGUUCCAAUUUUUAUUAUGCAUUUUGUAUUUCUAUUUUGUGUUUUUAUGCCAUGAGUCACCCUGAGAUCGUUGGAUGAAAGGUGGUAUAAAAUAUAAUUAACAAACAAACAAACAGAACUCAAAUAGUCAUAUUCAAAGUUAGUACCUUCUGGACUUUCUGGUUUUCCAGUCAUUAUAGUCCCUGGAUUCUUCAGCAGCCUCAGCUUUUGUAGCUGGAGACAGUCUGGACUCUCCUAGGCCACAUGGGAAAAGGCCUGCAAAGCAGGUCUUGCAGGACUCACAGCCAAGAUGGCCUCUGGCCUCUUCAGUAAACAGUCGGAGGUUGAAUAGCCUUCCAAUACCCAUUGUUACAUCAGAAAUAAAGUGACAAAAGAAAAGAAAACUGAAGAUUUGAAACCAUACAGCUGUGUUCACUGUUACCUUGAACUUCUCGUUUGUUUUUAAAUAAAUCAGUUGUACUCCACGUCACACCUCAUUCUUUUCUACGUUGGGGGUGCAGUGUUCAGGUAAGAGUUCUGGGGUGGCAGU